GUACUUCACAAUGCUGAAGGGAUUCGUGUUUUUAGUAAAUUUUUAUUUCGUUUUUGCCACGCCUUCUCUCAGAGCCAGUACUUGUACAUCUGGUUGCGAUAAAUUAAGCGAAGAAAAAAUUAAUGUCCAUAUCGUACCACACUCGCAUGAUGACGUUGGGCGGUUGAAAACGUACGACGAGUAUUACACUGGAACUGGAAAAUUCGAUUCCGCCGAAGAUGCUGGCGUCAAGUACAUCCUCGACUCCACGAUCCAAGCACUCAGCAAAAAUAAAGACAGAAGAUUCGUCCAAGUCGAAACUGCGUUUUUCUUCAAGUGGUGGAACGACCAAAACCAAGAAACCAGAGACCUGGUCAAAAAUUUGGUCAACGAAGGUCGGCUAGAAAUGAUCAAUGGUGGUUGGUCCAUGAACGACGAAGCCACUGCCCAUUAUCAUUCCAUCAUCGACCAGUUCACCUGGGGUUUCCGAAUUUUGGAAGAAACUGUGGGUGAGUGCGGGAGACCCAAAAUCGGCUGGCAAAUCGAUCCAUAUGGACACAGCCGGGAGCACGCUUCCAUCGUCAAACAGCUCGGCUUCGAUGGUCUAGUGGUCGGUCGUCUUGACUACAGAGACAAAGCGAAAAGAAUCCAAGAGAAAAAUUUGGACUUCAUUUGGAACACCAACGACAACUUCGAAGAAGAAGAUGCGAAAAUUUUCACCACCAUGUUCCCGGAUUUUUAUGUCGACGAAACGGGAUUUUGCUUUGAUGUUUAUUGUAACGAUCAGAACAUCACUGAUGACAAUUUGGAAGAAAGGGUGAAGACGUACAAAGUCAUCCUCGACAAAUACAAGGACUAUUACAAAACCUCCAACAUCCUUAUUCCCAUGGGACAAGACUUCGGUUACCAAAAAGCUGACAAGAACUUCGACAACAUCGACAAACUUAUAAAAGGUUUCAAGGAUGACGACACCUACAACGUGAUUUAUUCAACACCGUCGUGCUACAUUCAAGCAGUCAAAGACGAAGUUGAGAAAAAUAAAAUCGAGUUGACUGUCAAGACAGACGACUUUUUCCCAUAUGCUUCCAAAGAUCAUUCCUUCUGGACUGGUUACUUUUCGUCCAGACCUACAGCCAAACGUUUCGAACGAGUAGGCAACAACAUCCUCCAGAGUGCCAAACAGUUGACAACCUUCUCCAGAAUCAAGGGUAAUGACGACGAUGUAAGUAUCAACAAACUGAGAAUGGCAAUGGGUGUUUGGCAACACCACGACGCUAUUACUGGUACUGAGAAACAAGCAGUAGCGGAUGACUACACUUUGAUGCUUGACGAAGCAAUUAAAGACACUGAGAAACCCCUAAGCAAAAUUGUCAGUGGUCUUCUAGUUAAAGACGAUAGUGCUAGUGUUGAUCUAAAUCUUGUCAAUUGUCUGCGGGCAAACAUGAGCAUUUGUGAUAACAGCAAAAAAGAUCGUUUCGUCGUUGCUAUCCAGAACCCACUAUCUAAAAAUGUGUCUCAUUACGUGCGACUUCCUGUUGACAAUGAAAACUACAAAAUAACAGGACCUGAAGACGACGGUGAUAUCACUUUUGACAUUUUUGAUACUAUACAUCCUUUCGAUUUCGUCACUGAUGGUGAACCAGCCACUAAAGAAUUGGUGUUUUUGGCAAAAGAUUUACCCCCUCUAGGUGUUAAAUUGUACUACGUUGAAAAAAUUGACGAUGCUUCAGAUAAAUAUCGCAAAUUUGAAGACAUUGCUGAUGUAAAAUCUUUCGGAGAUGACAACAAUGGUUUCACUAUUGACGAUAACGGUAAACUGGCAACGGUAACAAUUAACGGGAAAUUGGUAAACCUGCAACAAGAUUUCCUCUACUACAAAGGAAUGGCAUCUGAUCAAGCUUCCGGUGCUUACAUCUUCAGACCAGAUGGUUCUGCCAUCCCAAUUAACGAAAAACUUACAACUGUGAAGUACGCACAAGGAAGUCUCGUUGACGAAGUGUAUCAAGUUUUUGACGACGAAAUCACACAGAUCAUCAAGGUAUACAAAGAAGAGGAAGAUUCGUAUCUUGAAUUUGACUGGCUAGUGGGUAACCUUCAAGUUGACAGUGAGGGCAAAGAAAUCAUCACGAGAUUCACAAUCAUUGAGGCGUUUGAAAACAACGAAAUCUUCUACACUGAUGGCAAUGGACGCCAACAGAUGAAGAGAAUUAGAAAUAAGAGAAAUGACUAUAGUUACGACGACACUGAAGAGCCUAUUUCCAGCAACUACUAUCCGGUUACUAAUAGAAUUGUGAUUAGAGACGAAUCGACAAAAUUGGAGCUUGCUGUUUUGACCGAUCGACCACAAGGUGGCAGUAGUUUAGACAAAGGUGUGGUGGAACUUAUGGUUCACCGACGUGACACAAAAGACGAUGAAAUUGGUGUAGCUGAAGUCCUGAACGAACAACAGUAUAACAAAGGUCUUUAUGCAAGAGGUCAACACUAUCUUACUUUUGGUAAACUAGAACCAGAAACUUCUCCUGUCACUUUUGAGCGCGAUCUGGCCCGCAGAAAUCUUCUUGCUCCUGUAGUCUUGGUGGGUGAUGCAACUGGAGAUGGUUUCACUCUGGAAAAAGUACAAGCAACAUUUAACUUUAAGUUUGAAGCUCUGUCUAAAUCGCUUGACGACAAUGUCCACAUUUUGACCCUUGAACCCUGGAAAGACAGCUACCUGCUCAGACUGGAACACAUUUUUGAGAAGAACGAAGAUGCGACUUUGUCAACAGAUGCCGAGGUUGAUCUUGAGAACCUUUUCACUCAAUUUAAUAUCACAGAACUUAAGUCUGUUACACUAGGAGCGAAUGGAGAUCCAGGAACUGUCGAAGGGUUGAAAGUUACUCUUAAACCAAUGGAAAUCAAAUCGUUUGUUUUUAUCACUGAUAAAGAAAAUAAGGGUGGACAUGAUAUCGGGAUUCGUGGCACGAGCAGUAGCGCACAAGCAUUGACUUCUCUCACACUUUUGACUCUACUAAUUUCGGUAUUUUAUAGCGUGUUUUAAUAUUUAUUUUGUGAAAUUUGUCCUUUUUAAAUACAACAUUUAAUUUGCGGGAACUAUUUUAUUGUCCAUGAGUGCAUUGGUUACAUAGUUCAUGCGUAAGGACGUCUCACCUUGAAAACGCACCUGACACAGCAGAAAUUCAUUACAUCAUUAAAUUUAUAACUAUGUGAGUAUCUCUGAAACAAAUUUUAUUAAAUCGAAAUUUUUAUUACGAAACUAAGAUACACAUUUCGUGUUAUGCGUUGGUUUUUGGCAUUGUUAGUUUUUAUGCUUGUUGAAUUUGAUUGCAAUAACCUAUUAUCUAGUUAAUAAAAUUUUUAUGUCAUUAAUAUUUAUCAACAGGCAAAAAGGUGCGAACUUACAUCAACGAAUUAUUAGCAUCAUGAGUGCACUCGAGGUAUUUUCAGAAGGACUGUUGUUAUUAAAUCAAAUAAAAUUUUAUGAUUGUUGAUAUGUUUCCAAUUAUCUCUGAAAACAAAGGACUGUGUAUAUCUUGACUGAAUAUUUUUCGUGUUUUCGUUAUUCUAGUGUUUAAUUUACCUUGUGAAAGUUAAAAGUUAAUAAAAAUUAUUUCUACUGCUA